CAAAGAUAAGUGAACGCAUACCUCAUGACCGCUCUUGUCACCAAUACGGAGGAAGGUAUCGAAGCGAUCUGGGAUUUUUAAGGUUCUUAAAUGGAAAACUAUGGUUUGUCUCUUCUCGAAGAAGCACACGAGGAGUUCAACAAGAAAAACUUUAAUAAAGCAGAAGAUUUAUAUACGAAAUUCAUUGCAUCGUGUAGGCAGGCGAGAAAACAUGAUGCGAAUAACCUUGCUGUCGCUUUAAACAACCGCGGUCAGAUUAAGUACUUGAGGGUUGACUUUUAUGAAGCAAUGGAAGACUACAGCUCCGCGAUAGAGUCAAACGGCCUUUUCGAGGUGCCCUUCUACAACAGAGGACUCAUACAAUACAGACUGGGUUUUUUCGAAGAGGCAGAAAGAGACUUCAGGAAGGCACUGGAACUGAACUGUAAUUUUGAAGAUGCCAAACUGAGUUUAAAACAAACAAUAAUUGACCGGGAAGAAAGGAUUAAAAGAGACUACAGACAAUUGGAGAAUUUGUAAACACGUUACAAUGGAAAUGGCAUUUAAAAUAGUGUUUUACAAUCGCUACUUGUGCCUUAUAGUUUAAGAUGUCCAUGCCAUUGGACAUCAUGUAAAAAAACAAUCACUAUGGUGGGAAGUACAGCUUAAUUCUGGGAGGGUUUAAAAUUAGCACAGACCUAUUCUUGUAUUUUUAAUUUGUAUGUAGUCUGUACCCCAGGGCAUCUCACUGGCCAACACUGUAGGCUCCCACUUUUUGGUUUGUGGACUGAUGUUCACAUUCAAAUGUUUAAAACCAAAGCAAGUCUUUUUCAAAAUAGACCCAUUUUGUUCUGUAAAACUUAAAAUAAAAACUACCCUUUGGAA